UGAACAUCAACCCUGACUAGAAGCAGUUAAUAUUGUUUUUUAAAAAUGUCUCAAGAAUUCAUGAUGCUCGUCAACAUCAUGUUGGCAGUUUCGCUAGUGUACUCCAACCCUCUACAAGGAUUGAAGGAUUUAGAGAAUUCGGAGGUUCAGGGAGCAUUGGAGGAUCUGGCAUCAGCUGUUGGACAACUGGAGAACUUAGAGAAACUGGAGAAAAUCAUCCUGGAGGGUAUUCCGGAAGAGCUAAUAAAACCGGAAGAGAUUGUAGAACCGGAAACAGAAUUAGCUCUAACAAAUGCGAGGUCCUUAGUGGAACGUGAGGGUAAAUUCAUAAAUCUGCUUGAUAUCUUUUAUGAUAAUUGUAGCCGGAAGAAAGAAUGCUAUGUAGACCAUGAACAAGUUCUUGAACAUGGAGAAUAUGCUAUAGUAGAAGUCUUUAAGUGUGAAUGCUGUGAUUGUCAUUCAUGCGAAUAUUGCUAAAAAUGGUUAAAUAUUUCCUAUAGGGAUCGUCUUUGUAAUUGCAAGUGUACCUCAAGUAAAUUUUAAAAUGUUUAAGUACAAUUUAAAUUUUAUAAAUAAAUUGUUUGCAUUUACAAAUAUGAUGGUUCAUGCAAAUAGAUUGUUAGAAGAGAAAAAAAAUGAAUAAAGCC